UCAAAAAAGAGCCACAAGUCUCAAUGUCAGACAGGCUAUGACAACGUCACUGCUUCUCCGCCCGCGCUGGAUUGACCCGGUCAUGUUUCUCUACGAUAACGGUGGAGUCUUGGACGACUCUAGCAAGAACAUGGAGGGGUUCACGGGAGGUAACUUCCCACCGAGUCCGUGCAGGAAUUUGAUGGCUCACCCUGCCUCUCUUGCGCCCAGCGCUGCUUAUCCGUCAAGCGAAGUUGCUGCAGCAGGAGCGGGUGAACCUGGAAAACAAUGCAGCCCCUGCUCUGCCGUUCAGGGUUCAGCCAGCGCUUCACUUUCGUACGGGUAUUUCGGUGGCGGUGGGUACUAUCCUUGCCGAAUGUCCCACCAUCACGGGGGCAAUGGAGGUGUUAAGACAUGCGCUCAAUCCCCCGCCACUGCUUCACCUUACGGGGAAAAAUACAUGGACACGUCCGCUUCUACAGGCGAAGAUUAUACCACCUCGCGCGCCAAAGAGUUUGCAUUUUACUCGAGCUACUCCUCGAGUCCGUACCAGCCAGUUCCAAGCUACCUGGAUGUCCCCGUGGUCCAGGCAAUUAGCGGGCCUGCAGAGACCAGACACGAGACCCUGUUACCAAUGGAGAGUUACCAGCCGUGGGCUAUCACGGCUAGUGGUUGGAAUGGGCAGGUCUACUGCACCAAAGAGCAGCCACAGACGGGACAUAUGUGGAAGUCGACAAUACCAGAGGCAGUGUCUCACGGAGGGGCGGACGGCAGCUCUUUCCGACGGGGGAGGAAAAAACGCGUUCCAUACACCAAGGUGCAGCUGAAGGAGCUCGAAAGAGAGUAUGUCGCCAACAAGUUCAUUACCAAGGACAAACGUAGACGGAUAUCCACUCAGACCAACCUGUCUGAACGACAGGUUACUAUCUGGUUCCAGAACCGACGGGUAAAGGAGAAAAAAGUCGUCAACAAAAUAAAAAUCAGCAGUUAGCUUUGCUUUGAGUAAAUUGAAGGAAACCAUUUUAGACGGUGAUCGUUACCACACAAUGAAAGUGUUUUAUUUCAGAAUUAUGAAAUUAUAGACGUUUUGACGAAUAGCUUGUUCUCUUGGACUUCUACUUUGAAGUGACUCCUGGGAUCGGACAGGGUUGAUGGUGACGCGGUGCGUCAUUUUUGCGUUUCACCAGGUGACGACGCAAACGGUAGGUAUUCCCCACUUAGGACAAAGAAGACCAAAAGAUAAUAAAAACAUCUAUGGAGAGAAACAUUUUGAAUAUCGAAAUUAGGAUGCUGUAACUCCUUACAGCGGUCAAUCAUGUCUUCUAGAUUUUAAUCACAAACACAAAAUAAUAAAAAAUAAUGCAAUUUGCUUGAAAUCUAAUGUUUUCUUCGCCUCAUGCUGGAUAAUAUGAGGAAUGGACCUAGUAGUUUAUCAAGUUUAUCUGUGCCAAAAUAGGCUAAACUUAUUGUAUGUUGGAGUAGAUUGUAGGUUGUGUUUUGUCGUUGUACUAGUGUUGCUCAAAAAUCCUAUUAAACCAUUUGUAUGACAAAUAUGCAUAAUGAUUUAAUUUUACAACACUAAACCACAUUACAAAAUUGACCAUUUCAAAAUACCAAAAUGGCAAAAAAAAAAAAAAAGAAAAAAAAAGAAUCUGAAUAUGAACAUGAAUUGCAUUUUACACAUCGACCGUGAUGUUUGUAUGUAACAGGUUGAUAAAGUAAUGGACUUGUUGGAUUGUGUCCACGUCUUUAUGGACUGAGAACACACGUCUUUGUGUGUACCCUAUGAAAUGUAUUUUUGUCUGUACGCUGUAA